CCCAUUUCCAUUUAUUUAUAUUUUUCCACUUGGGUUAUUUCACUCUCUUCCGAAGAUCCCCAAAACACCACACACGUCCCUCCCUCAUUUCGCCAACCUCUUCCUUUGGAGUGAAAACGGAGAAAUGGCGAUGUUCAAGGUCAGUCGCGUUGAAACCACGCCGUUCGAAGGCCAGAAGCCUGGAACUUCUGGUCUCAGGAAGAAGGUGAAGGUAUUCAAGCAGCCUAAGUACUUGGAGAAUUUUGUUCAGUCAACAUUCAACGCCCUUGGAGCUGAGAAAGUCCGAGGUGCUACACUUGUUGUCUCUGGUGAUGGUCGGUACUUUUCCAAGGAUGCAAUCCAGAUCAUUAUUAAAAUGUCAGCUGCAAAUGGAGUCAGACGUGUUUGGGUUGGUCUAAAUGGAUUAAUGUCUACUCCUGCUGUAUCUGGUGUCAUUCGUGAUAGAGUAGCGGCUGAUGGAUCAAAGGCAAACGGGGCAUUUAUAUUGACUGCUAGCCACAACCCUGGUGGCCCGACUGAGGAUUUUGGAAUUAAAUACAACAUGGAAAAUGGUGGUCCUGCACCAGAAGGUAUUACUAACAAGAUCUAUGAGAUCACCACAACAAUAAAGGAAUACUUGAUUGCAGAGGACUUGCCUGAUGUGGACAUCUCUGCAGUAGGUGUGACAAGCUUCACUGGACCAGAAGGACAGUUUGAUGUCGAUGUUUUUGAUUCAACUACUGACUAUGUGAAAUUGAUGAAGUCAAUUUUUGAUUUCCAGUGUAUUCAGAAAUUGCUUUCAUCUCCAAAUUUCACAUUUUGCUAUGAUGCACUUCAUGGUGUUGCUGGAGUUUAUGCUAAACGUAUAUUUGUGGAUGAGCUGGGUGCUAAAGAAAGCUCCCUGCUAAACUGUGUUCCAAAGGAGGACUUUGGUGGAGGUCAUCCUGAUCCCAAUCUGACCUAUGCAAAGGAGUUGGUUGCUCGCAUGGGACUGUCUAAGACUCACCCCGAGUCAAACCCACCUGAAUUUGGAGCAGCCGCUGAUGGAGAUGCAGACCGCAACAUGGUCCUUGGGAAGAGGUUCUUUGUGACUCCUUCUGAUUCUGUUGCUAUAAUUGCUGCUAAUGCAGUUGCUGCAAUCCCAUACUUUUCUGGUGGCCUGAAAGGAGUUGCCAGGAGCAUGCCCACAUCAGCUGCUCUUGAUGUGGUGGCUAAACACCUCAACUUAAAAUUUUUUGAGGUGCCCACAGGUUGGAAGUUUUUUGGUAACUUGAUGGAUGCUGGAAUGUGCUCAGUUUGUGGUGAAGAAAGCUUUGGAACUGGCUCAGAUCAUAUUCGUGAAAAGGAUGGAAUUUGGGCUGUUUUAGCCUGGCUAAAUAUUCUUGCCCAUAAAAAUAAAGAUCUAAGUGGCAAGCUUGUAACGGUAGAAGAUAUUGUUCGCCAACAUUGGGCCACUUAUGGACGUCACUAUUAUACUAGAUACGACUAUGAGAAUGUUGAUGCAUCUGGUGCAAAGGAACUGAUGGCUCAUUUAGUCAAGCUGCAAUCCUCCCUUGAUGAAGUUAACAAGAUUGUAGCAGGAAUACGGAAUGAUGUUUCAAAGGUUGUCCAUGGUGAUGAAUUUGAGUACAAAGAUCCUGUUGAUGGCUCCAUCUCAAGUCAUCAGGGUAUCCGGUAUCUCUUUGAAGAUGGGUCACGAUUGGUUUUCCGUCUGUCUGGAACUGGUUCUGAGGGUGCAACCAUCCGACUGUACAUUGAGCAAUAUGAGAAGGAUGCGUCCAAGAUUGGAAGAGAAUCUGCGGAUGCACUUGCCCCUCUUGUGGAGGUUGCUCUUAAACUGUCUAAGAUGCAGGAAUUCACUGGCCGAUCCGCCCCAACUGUUAUAACAUAAAUAGUUGGUCUGCUUUAAUUAUUAGUCUGUUUUUUUUGUAUAUCCUGACAAAACUAUAAUAAAGUGUUUACCGUUAUUAUAUUGACCGUUCGGUCAAACACACCGCAUAUAUGAACAACUAUAUAUGCAGAGGAAUGAGAGGAUUUUGGGGUUAUCAUUUUGUAGUAUUGUAUGAUUCUAUGAGUGUAUUGCUGAUUGAGUGAUUGGUUAUCCAUAUCCUCCGUAAGUUUUGUUUUAAUUUUUACAAUAUAGCUUUGAGCCUUUCAUACU